AUGUUGCAUCGAACAUUGGAGUCACCAGAUGCUGGACCUUGCUUUGAAAACCAUGGAUACCAGCCAGAGAAUUUCUACCUUCGGUGUCCUCCGGAGGCCCCCAGUGCCUACCCAGCGUACCCAACCCAGUACAACCCGUCUCCUGUGCCCCAGUACAUCCCAAGAGUUCUGACACACACUUCAACGCCUGUCAUCCGCCCACAGCCCAAGUCUUCAUCAGGGAUCGUGUGCACCUCAAAAGCCAAGAAAGUGCUCUGCAUCACCUUUGCCAUGGGGGCCAUCCUCGUGGGUGCCGUGCUGGCUGCUCUCCUGCUCAGGAAAUUCUUGGACAGCAAGUGCCUGAUCUCAGGGAUGGAGUGCGGCUCCUCUGGAACCUGCGUCAGCCCCUUGAACUGGUGUGAUGGCGUCUCUCACUGUCCCCAAGGGGAGGACGAGAACCGCUGUGUGCGCCUCUACGGACCCAACUUCAUCCUGCAGGUGUACUCGGCCCAGAGGAAGUCUUGGUACCCUGUGUGCAGGGAUGACUGGAACGAGAACUACGGGCGGGCAGCCUGCAGAGAUAUGGGCUAUAAGCACACUUAUUAUUCCAGCAAAGGCGUAGUGGACAACAGUGGUGCCGUGAGCUAUAUGAAGCUGAACGCCAGUGCCGGGAACGUCGAUCUGUACAAGAAACUGUUCCACAGUGAUGUCUGUUCUUCAAAAACAGUGGUUUCUUUACGUUGUAUAGAUUGUGGGGUCACCGCCAAGAUGACCCGCCAGAGCCGGAUCGUAGGGGGUGACAGCGCCGCCCUGGGCGAUUGGCCCUGGCAGGUCAGCCUGCACGUCCAAGGUGUCCACGUCUGUGGAGGUUCCAUUAUCACCCCCGAGUGGAUUGUGACAGCUGCCCACUGCGUGGAAGAACCUCUUUCCAAUCCAAGGUAUUGGACAGCCUUUGCAGGGAUUCUGAGGCAGUCUUUCAUGCUCUAUGGCUAUGGAAAACGGAUACAGAAAGUUAUUUCUCAUCCAAAUUAUGAUUCUAAGACCAAGAACAAUGACGUUGCUCUUAUGAAGUUGCAGACCCCACUGACGUUCAACGACAGAAUAAGGCCCGUGUGUCUGCCCAACCCAGACCUGAUGCUGAAGCCAACACAGACCUGCUGGAUUUCUGGGUGGGGUGCCACCUAUGAGAAAGGGAAAACUUCUGAAGUGCUGAAUGUAGCACAGGUACAGCUCAUCAAGCCUGGGAUCUGUAGCAGCAAAUAUAUCUACGGCAACUUCAUCACUCCCGCCAUGAUCUGCGCAGGGUAUCUGCAAGGAAGCAUCGAUUCUUGUCAGGGUGACAGUGGAGGUCCUCUGGUCACUUUGAAGAACAGUGUCUGGUGGUUAGUUGGGGACACAAGUUGGGGAUCUGGAUGUGCCAAGGAGAACAAACCAGGAGUAUACGGAAAUAUGACGGUAUUCACAGACUGGAUUUACCAACAAAUGAGGGGCUAUGUACAAGGCAGUUCCCAAGCUUUUGGGGGUGAGGGGAACAGCUAG